AUGGAAGUCCGGGACGUGAAGACGAUGAAUAGGAUCGAUGUGCAUUCGCAUAUAACGGGUCUUGGGUGUGAUGUGGAUGGAAACGGAGGUGGAUAUGAUUGUGAGGGGCUUGUUGGGCAACAAGCGGCGAGAAAAGCAAUGGCACUGGUCAAGAAGAUGGUUGAAUGCAAUGGCGGAGGAAGGGUUGUGUUGAUAAAGGGAGAGAUAGGAACGGGGAAGACAGCACUGGCAAUAGCGCUUUCUAGAAGUCUUGGUGGGGUUUGCAUGAACUCAAUCAGUGGGACUGAGAUAUAUAGCCUUGGAAUGAGUAAGUCAGAGGCGAUUAUUCAGGCACUGAGAAAAGCGGUUGGACUGAGGAUCAGGGAGUAUGCAAAGGUGAUUGAGGGAGAGGUUGUGAGCCUGAGUGGACAACGAAUAGUUCUGAAGACAACAGAUAUGGAGUCAUCGUUUGACAUUGGUGAGAAGAUGAGGGCAGAGCUUGAUAGGGAGCGAGUAAGUGCUGGAGACGUCAUAAAGAUAGUGAAGGAGCUGGGACGAGUGUAUAAGAUUGGGACAAGCACGGUGAAGAAGAGCGAGGCGAUUGGGAUUGAUGCAAGGUUUGUGCCAUGCCCAGACGGAGAGUUGAUGAAGAUCAGAGAAGAGGUUCAGGAGAUAUCGUUGCAUGAUGUUGAUGUUGUCAAUAGCAAGGCUGAAGGAUAUCUUGCGCUUUUCAGCGGGGAGACAGGCGAGAUCAAGCCUGAAACACGAGAUGAAGUGAAUAGAAAGGUGUGGGGAUGGAUGAACGAAGGCAAGGCAGAGAUAGUGCGCGGGGUGUUGUUUAUUGAUGAGGUUCAUAUGCUUGAUAUUGAGAGCUUUUCGUUUUUGAACAGGGCGAUUGAAGAGGACUUUUGUCCUGUUAUCUUAGUGUCUACAAAUAAGAAGGAAAGCGUGGUUAGAGGCAGUAACGAAGUGUGCCCGUAUGGAAUUCCAAGAGAUUUUGUUGACCGUGCACUGAUUAUUUCUACUGAAAGCCAUACACUGACAGAUCUUGCAGCAAUCAUCAAGCACAGGAUGAUUGAGGAGGAUGUCUCAGUGGAUGAGGAUGCAUUUAACAGGAUUGUUCAUAUAUCUAGCGUAUCAGGGCUCAGGCAUGCAAUGAAUCUACUGACUAUUUCAGGGCUCAGAGCAGCAAGGCGAGGAGAAAAGGUAAACAUCAAUGAUGUUAACAGGGUUGCUGAGUUAUUUCCUUCACUUUGUAUGACUGAGUAA